AAUGUGAAAUAUUUUUAAAUGUUAGAUAUAAAAUAUAUGGUUCAUUCUUUUGAUGGGUUAAUUACAUUUUUAUGUCUCGGUUAUGUAAUGCCAUUAGGCAACAAUACUACGACACGGACGAAGAAAGUAUCAUUUGAUGUAAAAGGUAAAUCAACUGUUCGAGGUGGCAUUCCAGGGGAAAAUCAAUUUUUAACAAUAGCAGCUGCCUUGCCAAUUUUGCCAGGUGCACCAGUACCUCCAAAGCUAUCAAAGCGUUCUUAUAACUCAUUUAGUUCUACUGGAACCCAAUUUGAGAUUGAACAUGCUGAAGCUGAAGGGUGUGAUGUUGUUACAUUACAAUGGACAGGAGAAGCAAGAACAAUUGUGGCAUCAAGAACUCCUGCCGAACGAGAAAAGAACCCUGACAGAAUAUGUCUCGAUAGGCGAGGUCUGACAACAUUUCCCAAUGUAAUUGGGGAGCCGAAAUUGCGAUUAAUGUCUCUUCAGCAUAAUCUCUUGACCAAGAUUGAAAGUUCUAACUUUUCUCAAUUGACAAAACUUGUAUUUCUUGAUUUAUACGAUAAUCAAAUAGAGAAAGUAUGCAAUCUCGAUCUUUUGGAAAAUUUAAGAGUGCUUUUAAUAGGGAAGAACAGAAUAAGAAAAAUUGAGGGUUUAAAGCAUCUUUUCAAGCUAGAAGUUUUGGACUUGCAUGGCAAUCAGAUUCAGCAAAUUACUGGCUUGGAGGAUUUAUCAUCAUUAAAAGUGCUCAAUUUAGCAGGAAAUAACAUUAAAACUAUAGGUUCCAAUGAUUUUCAAGGAUUAAUCUCAUUAAAAGAAUUAAAUCUGCGGCGAAAUAAAUUAAAAAAAUUGUUAGGCUUUGGUGAAACGCCACAAUUGCAAAAAUUAUAUUUGAGUAACAAUGAUAUUCAGAAAAUCGAAGAUAUGAGUAGCCUCGCAAAAGCUUUGCAAAUUAAGGAGAUAACAAUAGAUGGCAAUCCAGUAACUUCAAAUACUGAUUAUAUCCCUUUCCUUGUCUCAUAUCUGCCAAAUCUACAACUUUUAUCAACAAUACAAAUUAACGAACAAAUUCGGAGAACAGGAAUGGCUUGGAGAUCCUCUAAAGAACAGACUAAUUCGGCAUUCCUUGAUCUCAGUGCACAAGUUUGCAUGAACGUGCGCAGAGAAGAGGUGAUAUCAAAUGCUAAAACAAAUUGGGAAUUUCUCAGAUCUAGAACUAAAGUCCCUAAUGAUAAUUCCAAUAGAAUGAUGGGCAAUAAUACAGGCAACAAUAUAUUACACGUACAAAGUUCAAAUAAAUUUAAUGCUAUAAAUCCGAAAAGUUUAGACAAAGCUAAAACCAAGGGCUUCGGUAGUCUUACAUCGAUAAAUGAAAAUGUGGAAGCAAAAAAGAUACAUAUAAAAAAGAGAAGCAGCUCCAGCGAUAAUUUGUUCAAAUUCGAAGAUACCUCUAAAUCAUAUCCUUUGGAAUUCAAGCUUCCGCCUAUAUUGGGUUCGAUAGUAGAUAGUUUAACAACCAAUAAAUCCGAGGAUAAAUUGCUUAAUAAAGAAAAUGCUCGUAAAAUGAAGAUGCUUAAUAGCAUGGAUAAUUUAUCGGAUAGCGAAUCUAACAGUUCGGAGAGCCAUGAAAGUUUAAAAAGUGGUUUGAGAUGUCAUCUGUUUACUCCGAAUAACAGUUGCGCCUCAUCUAUGGAUUACGACAAGUCUACUAUCUGUAAAAAGUUUACUGCAGCGAAGGAUGUAUCUCCGAUUACCACGGAAAGUUUCAAUGAUGAAGAUCAUGAGAGCCACAUGCAGGAUAAGACGGUUACUCAGAGAUUCUUGACACACUGCGACACGGCAAUGAACGAACAUAAAAGCUUAAGCAACAAAUUGAUUCAAAAUAUAAAAAUAUUUCAUAAUCAAGACGAGCAGAGUAAUUGUCAGUCAAAAUCGACUAUAAGUUCUGGCUAUUGCUCGUUGAGCUCAAAGACUAGCAGUUUAGAUAGUUGUAAAUCAUUGUUAAGAGAUUCUGGCACUUUAUCAAUUCCUAAGAACGUAGUUCACAAAUCUCACGAGUGCGAUAAAGGUAGAAUUAAGAGUGCUCAAGCAAAGAAGGUAGAAUACUAUAAGAGUAAUAGAGCCGCGACGGCGAGAGCGAAAGCUCUCGCUCCGCCAAGUCCGCCGCCCCAACAAAUACCACCUAAAGAGAGGGAACAGGGCGGAGAUUAUUUAAUAGAGAUUGUUGGUCGAUGCUUAAACAUUUAUGGUCAAGGUGCUUUACGCUUUAUAGAUAGGACUUGGGACGUGUCAAAGGCUCAAGAUGUCAAUGUUGUGAAAUUUAAUUAUGUACAAUUUAACGACGUGGCGAAGAUUCUAAGCAAAGUGAAAAAUAGAUUUCCUCACGCGGAACAUUUCGUGUUCAAAGAAACUAACAUCAGUCUUCUUGGUCAGCUGAAUGCUCUGGCUGAAGUACAGGGAUUGACGAGCAUACAAGUAGAUGCGGGAAAUCCUAUUGUGUCCAAGGACUGGAAAAUGUAUGCUAUAUUUCGAUUAGCUCAUUGGGGACUUGCAAUUAUCAAUGGCAAGGAGAUUACGGCUGAAGAAAUCGAACUCGCAAAUCGAGAAUACGCUGGUCUCGUUGAUAUAGUUAUGUGUUCACUGCCAGAUUCUUUAUUACAACCUUUGUUACAAAGACUUCAUUUAGAAAAAGUGCAAAGACAAAGCGGGGAGCAAAUUACUGCCAAACAAUUUUUGUUCAACUGCGACCCGGCGCUUAGAAGUGUCGUUGCCAAGGAAGCGUUACAGUGGAGAAAAGGAAAUGUAACACAGGAGGACCUUAUUUGGAGACACAAGGGAAAAGUACACUUGCUAAGUUUGAUCAAUCUCACUAUAAAUGCCAUACGAAAGUUGCAAGUUUUAGAGAAGCAGUGGCCGUGUAUUCUGUAUGACAUUACUUAUAAUACUCUAUCCGACUUUUCCGAAAUGGACGUAUACAUGAAACGUUGCAGCAAAACGCUUGAAAGUAAUAAGUAAUAUCAUGCCCGUGCCUUAAAGUAAGAUACAGUACUGCGAUAACACGUAACAUAUGAUUUUUGAUCUACGAUAUUACGCGGAAUCACAACGCUCGGGCUUUGCCGCAUUAACAUUAGGGAGAGAUACGCAACGUAUACAUAUCAACAGGGACAUCGCAUUGCAAUUCUGCAUUGUUAUUGCUACAAAUAUAUUGAAUAUGUUUAUUAGAGUUGGUAUUCAUGUAUAGAACAAUAAAUUCUAUAUAAGCAUUGUUUAAAUAUCCUUCUUUUAAUUACUAAAAUAUAUUAAAGAAUCGAGAUUAACUUGUGACUGUUGCUAAACAGUUCGCACAACAUCUAUAAAAAUGUUCACCUCU